GCAGGAUCGUGGUGUCGGGGUUCCUCGGUGUGUUCCCGGUGUUCACUCCGGGCUCCUGCUCAGGUGCUGCUCAUUAGUGUUUCUCAGAGCGCGCGCGAGAGAGCUGCAUUUUGGCGCGCUUUGGAGCUCUCAGCGUCGGUGAACGGUACAGGAAAAAGCUUCCUUUCUCACACCUCGUGUAAAUCAAAGGUCAGGAGUCGAAGGUCAUGCCCUCAGUGUGAACCAACAUGUUCCACACAUUCCCAAACAAAUCUAAGCCGCAUUCACCGGUCUCGCUGGAGAAGACCUACUCGCUCACGGCGCACUACGAUGACUUCCAGGAGGUGAAGUACGGCAGCAGGUACAGCAGCAAUGGAAUGAGCCUGACCCUGGGUGGGUCUCUGGAACGUAGCGGGCGGUCCCGCGGUGGAGCAGGAGGCGGGGCAGGUGCUAGCAAGUCCUCCAGUAAUGAGAGAUGGAGCCGGCGUGAGAUCUGCCUGCUCUCUGCGCUGGUGUUCGCCGGUGGUGUGUGUGUGAUCCUGGGCUGCAUGCUGGCGCUGAAGUUGGUCUGGCUGGACGGUCAGGACAUGCAGUGUGAGCGAGAGUGUGGGGCAGUGCGGCGCUCGCUCCUGAGAGCCGCUCGCUUCGUCCAGGCCAACAUAGAUGCCAGCGUGGCUCCAUGUCAUGACUUCUACAGCUUCGCAUGUGGAGGCUGGCUGAGAAGACACGCUAUUCCUGAGGACAAACUCAGCUACGGCGUCAUCACGGCCAUCGGAGAGCAGAACCAGGAGAAGCUCCAGCGCCUGCUCGAGGAACCGGUCAGGCGGAAGGAACCAAAUAGUGCUGAGAGAAAGGUGAAGGAGUUUUAUCGUUCCUGUGUGAACAUGCAGGAAAUUGACCAGCUCGGAGCCAAACCCAUGAUGGAAGUGAUUGAUAGUUGUGGUGGGUGGGACUUGGCUGGAGCUCCACCCGGAGGGGCAGGUUGGGAAAGUGGCUCCGUCCCAACGAGACCUGACUUUAAUGAGAUGCUCUAUAGGACCCAAGGGCUGUACAGCACGGCCGUCUUCUUCUCACUGACUGUUAACGUGGACGAUAAAAACUCAUCACGCAACGCAAUACGGAUUGAUCAGGAGGGUCUGACAUUGCCUGAAAGGACUCUAUACCUGGGCCAAGAUGAGGACAGUGUGAAGAUCCUGGCGGCCUACAAAGCGCUAAUGGAGCGUCUGCUGAGCAUGCUGGGAGCUCAUAACGCCACGGUGAAGUCCCGUGAGAUCCUGGACCUCGAGAUGAGACUGGCUAAUAUCACUGUGUCUGAAUUUGAGGAUCAGAGAAAAGAUAUCAGCAGCAUGUACAACCGCAUCUCUCUAAAACAGCUCCAACGCAUGGCUCCUGGUUUACACUGGAAACGGCUGCUGGAUAGAAUAUUCCACGAUCAUUUCUCAGAGGAAGAGGAGAUUGUGGUGCUGGCCACAGACUACUUACAAAAAGUCUCUGACAUCAUCAAGACCACAUCAAAAAGAGUUCUUCAUAACUACAUGCUCUGGAGGAUCGUAGCGGCUCUCAGUGAGCACUUAUCCACAGGGUUCCGCAGUACGAUCCAUGAGUUCUCACGAGAGAUUGAUGGAACGGAGCGACAGCUGGAGCUUAACCAGCUGUGUCUCAAUCAGGCUAACAAACACUUUGGGAUGGCGCUGGGUGCCCUCUUCGUCCAGACUCACUUCUCCUCUCGCAGCAAGGCCCAGGUACAGGAGCUGGUGGAGGACAUCAAGCACUCGUUGGAUGUCAGGCUGCAGGAGCUGGACUGGAUGGAUGAAGAAACCAAAGAGGCAGCAAGAGCCAAGCUCCAGUAUAUGAUGGUGAUGACGGGGUAUCCAGACUUCCUGUUGAAGCCAGAGCUCAUUGAUCAGGAGUAUGGGUUUGAAGUGAAUGAGAAGACGUAUUUCAAAAACAUCCUGAACAGCAUCAGGUACAACAUCAACCUGUCCAUCAACAAGAUCCACCAGGAGGUGGACAAGACCACGUGGCUUCUUCCACCCCAGGCGUUAAAUGCUUACUAUCUUCCAAACAAGAACCAGAUGGUGUUCCCAGCAGGAAUUCUCCAGCCAACUCUGUAUGAUCCAGAAUUCCCACAGUCUUUAAAUUAUGGAGGAAUUGGAGCGAUCAUCGGACACGAGCUCACACACGGAUACGACGACUGGGGUGGUCAGUAUGAUCGUCAUGGUAACCUGAAGCAGUGGUGGACUGAGGAGUCUUACAGAAAGUUCCAGAAGAAAGCAGAGUGUAUCAUCAAACUGUACAACAACUUUACUGUUUACAACCAGCAUGUAAACGGGCGUCUCACACUCGGAGAGAACAUCGCUGAUCUUGGAGGGCUGAAACUCUCUUACUAUGCGUAUCAGAAGUGGGUGAGAGAUCACGGUCCAGAGCGACCGCUCCCAGGCCUCAAGUACACACAUGAGCAGCUGUUCUUUAUAGCCUUCGCCCAGAACUGGUGCAUGAAGAGGCGAUCUCAAUCCACAUACCUACAGCUGCUGACCGACAAACACGCACCUGAACACUACAGGGUUAUCGGCAGUGUGUCUCAGUUUGACGAGUUCGGACGUGUGUUUCACUGCCCCAGAGGAUCUCUUAUGCAUCCAGUCAACAAGUGCUCUGUCUGGUGACCUUCUGACCUUUGAAAUUUGACCUUUCAUUAUCCAUCCAGAUUUCCCUCUUCAUCCUCAGUGGACCCUGAAAUCCUCCUCACAGGCCAGAUGAAGCAGGAAUGCCCGUGUUGUCACAGUUACAGCACUUGAGUGUUCAUCAUGUGAACUGCAUACACAUACAGACCUGCUGGCUUGUUAACUAGUUAGCUUACUGACUAGCAUGCUACAUAGUUAGCAUUAUGGAGUUAAACGUUCAUUUUGAGCAAAUAUAUUCUUUAACCAUUUUAUCAAAAUCUUCAUUCACCAUUAAAAACCAAACACUCCACAUUUCUCCGCUGAAGAAGAAACAAUGGCAUGAGUGUGAACGUUUACAGGAAGCAGAAGUGAAGAGAACAUUUUCAUAUUAAACUAAUCAAUAACCACCUCGGUAUUUCCUUUCGUUUGAUUUUAAUUGUGUAAUAAACACUGAGGGUUUGUGUUGCA